UUGUACUAACACAAUUACUUGUUUGAAUCGAAGUGAAAAUGUUCGAAUAUUAUUUUUUUAACCUUGUUAGUGGCAAGAAUUAUAUUUUUAUUUAUUCUGAAGCAUGGUGAAGGAUGUAUUUGAAGUCAGUUAGGCAGUUUUUUUGUCAAAUAAAUCCUUUGUGGCCUGCUUGACCUACAGAUAAAUUUCAGUAUUUAUAUUCACUGUUACUCAAGAGGAGAAUUGAAUGGAAAUGACUGAUAAAAAGAUGGCAUAUCAGAAGGUCAAUGCAGAUCAAAGAGCUUCAGGACACUCACAGUACUUAGACAAUGAUGACCUUCAAGCCACUGCCCUUGAUUUAGAGUGGGACAUGGAGAAGGAACUGGAAGAACCUGGUUUUGACCAGUUUCAGCUAGAUACUACAGAGAAUCAGAACCUUGGGCACUCAGAAACUGCGGACCUCAAUCUUGAUUCCAUUCAACCAGCAACUUCACCCAAAGGAAGGUUCCAGAGACUUCAGGAAGAAUCUGACUAUGUUGCCCAUUAUGGAAGAUCUGCACCAAAGAGCAACCGCUGCCACAUUUUAAAAAUACUUUGCACAGCCACCAUAUUAUUUAUUUUUGGAAUUUUGAUAGGUUAUUAUGCACAUACAAAUUGCCCUUCAGAUGCCACAACCUCAGGAACAGUCGAUCCUCAGUUAUACCAAGAGAUUCUCAAGACAAUCCAAGCAGAAGAUAUUAAGAAGUCUUUCAGAAAUUUGGUAGAACUCUAUAAAAAUGAAGAUGACAUGGAAAUUUCAAAGAGGAUUAUGACUCACUGGACUUCUUUGGGCCUAGAAGAUGUACAGUUGGCAAAUUAUUCUGUGCUGCUGAACCUGCCAGGUCCAUCUCCCAGCACUGUGACUGUGAGCAGCAGUGGCCAAUGCUUUCAUCCUGAUGGCCAGCCUUGUAGUGAAGAAGCCAGAAAAGAUAGCAGCCAAGAUCCGCUGUACUCCUAUGCAGCCUAUUCUGCCAAAGGAACUCUCGAGGCUGAAGUCAUUGAUGUGAGUUAUGGAACAGCAGAUGAUUUAAAAAUGAUUAAAAAAGUGAAAAAUAUAACAAAUCAGAUUGCACUCCUGAAAUUAGGAAAAUUACCUCUACUUUAUAAGAUUUCUUUAUUGGAAAAGGCUGGAUUUGGAGGUGUUCUUCUAUAUAUUGAUCCUUGUGAUUUACCAAAGACUGCAAAUAUUAACUAUGAUAACUUCAUGGUGACGCUGAAUCCAGGAGGAGACCCUUCUACGCCUGGCUACCCAAGUGUUGAUGGAAGCUUCAGACAAAACCAGUCAAACCUCACCUCCCUGUUAGUGCAGCCCAUUUCUGCAUCCCUUGUGACAAAACUGAUCUCUUCUCCAACAACGAGAAGCAAAAGCAACAUCUGUAGCCCUCUCGAGCUUCCAAAUAAUGAAAUAAGAAUUGUCAGCAUGCAAAUUCAAACAGUCACAAAAUUCAAAACAGUCACUAAUGUUAUUGGAUAUUUAAAGGGCAUGGCCUCUCCAGACCGAUAUAUUAUAGUUGGCAGUCACCAUUACUCUGGAUACAGUUAUAAUGGACAAGAAUGGGCUAGUAGUACUGCAAUCAUCACAGCAUUUAUCCGAGCAUUGAUGUUAAGGGUUAAGAAAGGAUGGAGACCAGACCGCACUAUUGUAUUCUGCUCAUGGGGAGGAACAACCUGGGGCAAUAUUGGCUCAUACGAAUGGGGAGAGGAUUUCAAAAAGGUUCUGCAAAAAAAUGUUGUGGCUUAUAUUAGCCUCCACAGUCCCAUAAGGGGGAACUCAAGUCUGCAUCCUGUAGCAUCACCAUCCCUUCAGCAACUGGUAGUAGAGAAAAAUAAGUUCAACUGUACCAGAAGAGCUCAGUGUCCAGAAACCAAUGUCAGCUCUGUACAGAUACAAGGUGAUGCCGAUUAUUUCAUCAACCAUCUUGGAGUUCCCACCGUGCAGUUUGCUUAUGAGGACAUCAAAGCAUUAGAGGUGAUUGUUCCUAAAAAUGCAAAACACACACAAUAUAGCAGAUGUGCAGAAUUUGAUUUUAUCAUAGCUAUUCGUCUUUCAUACCAAAUAGGUCACUAUAGAAACUGGCUUCAUUUAGAGUGUUAUUCUUGUUGUUCUGAGGCUUUGUAAUAGUAUUUGAAAACAUCAGCUCUUUUCAAUAGUGUUGAAUUCAAUUUAAAAAGAUUUAUACUGUCACUCACAUUUUCACAGUGUGCUUCACAACAAGAAAUUUGCAAUAGUUGGAUUAACAUCAAAACAUAAUUGUAAUCUUCGGUAUUCACAGAAACAGAUGACAUAGGCAAUAGAUUCUCCUCUCCUUGCCCAAGGGAAAAUGCAUUUCAUGUGCUCUGUGUUAAUGUGAGUCUUGUGGAUUAGCUACCCAAAGUUUGUCGAUAACUU